CAAUAACUACACCAAAUGCGUAACGGUGUAGCCAAUAGGAGAUAUGUGCGAUCGGGUUCGGUCAGUUACACGCCCACAUUACUUUCUGUCAACCACUACUUAGCGGGAGUUGUAGCUGUGAAACCAAGCGUCCAUACAGCGGAGACAACCGGCGUUGGAUUAAUUAGGGCAACCAUGUCUGACAGAAAAGCAGUCAUAAAAAAUGCGGACAUGUCGGAGGAGAUGCAGCAGGACGCAGUGGAGUGCGCCACACAGGCACUGGAGAAGUACAACAUCGAGAAAGACAUCGCUGCAUACAUCAAGAAGGAGUUUGACAAGAAGUACAACCCCACCUGGCAUUGCAUCGUAGGGAGGAACUUUGGCAGCUAUGUGACCCAUGAGACCAAGCAUUUCAUCUACUUCUACUUGGGCCAGGUGGCCAUCCUGCUUUUCAAAUCUGGCUAAGCGGCCCCAGCACCUUCAACACCAACUGACCAUUAAAUACUGACUCGACAGAAAGGCUAUCACCCUGGUCAAUGGGGACUGCCUUUUUCUGUGCUGCUUUGUUUAAGAAAAAAAAAUACAUGGCCAUGUGAGAUUAAACACUUGUAUUUAUUUUUGUUUUCUACUACAGUAGAUUUGAUGUCACCGGUUUUUAUUUUUAUUAAAGCGAUAUUGUUUGGCUCUGUUUAUCUUUUGGAGUACUUUAUUUUAGCUACUUAUGUUCACUCCUUUUAUUUGUGCUAUGACGCUAGCUUGUCACGAGGUGGAUUGUCCAAGUUGAUAGAAUGACAGCACUGAUUGUGUAAGAGGCCAUUUUUAUUUAUGAUAGACAGACACUACAUGCGGUGGGUGACAAUUCUCACCUCACUCACUUUACCAUAAAGGUACAUGUCAAAGAUCACAUGGGGUAAAGGGCUCUUUUCCAAAAUAAUCCAUAAAAUCGUGUUCAUACAUCUGCCACCAAGGGCUCUAAAGGCAACACGUAAAAUCUACCUUUUUUU